UUUACCGUUUGGUUGGAAGCGCGCUUCGCGAACAGCAAAAUAUAUAACAAACGGGCCAACAAAAUAAAUCGCCUGUCGGCUGUCGUUUCUGUUCUUUCUCGUUUUUUGUUUUCACUGUGUUCAACUUACACAGUCUCCUUUGGUUUUAUCUCAACGCGCGCGCCAAACUGUAAAAGGAAGCAAACUAACAACAAAAAACAAAAAUUAUUGUGUGUUUUUCUUGACUCUCCAAACAAAAAUGACUGUUAAAUGUUAACUGUAAACUCAAGCAUGAAGUAAAUGCAAUGAGCCUACAAAACAUAGCGGAACUUCAUCAAAACAAAACUAAACUGAAUUUAAAACAAAUAUAAAGUACAGAGAACACAUUACAAACAACAUUACUUUGUAACGUGCUCGGAUCUAAAUCCUCAAAAAAAAACGCAUCGUUUUGGCGUUCGUGUAGUGUGUGUGCGCGCUCUGUUUGGCUCAGGAUCGAAGCUCCUAUCCAACAGCCCACCGCAGCCCCCCGAACGGCCUACUCAUGAAAUGCAAAAGCUGGUCCAAUAAAAUCAACAAUUUUGUUGUGCGAAAACUAAAGUCCAUUAAGAUUAACGGUACACAGCAGUUACAAUCGCCAAGCAGCGCCGCGAGCAUUGCAGCCGCCGCCGCCGUUGUCGUCUCUGCCUCAAGCAGCAGCAGCUGCAGCAGCAGCAACGUUGCCGCGAACAGCAUUGAACAGCAGCAGCAGCAGCAGCAACAACUGAACACAACGGCAACAACAAUGCCGGCGAUGCCAAAAGAAAAAGCCACAACUGCCGUUUCAUUAAGUGAACAAAAUUUCUCAGCCCUUAAGCUGGUUGUUGUUGGCGCUAUGACGACAGCGACGCGACUGCAGCAACAGCAACAGCAGCAACAACUACAACAACACCACACAUGCGGCUGUGGCGCUGUCUCAGCAACAGCACCAACACCCGCCAACAAUACAGAGAACAACAACAACAACAACAAUAACAGCAGCAGCAGCGGCAAUAAUCGCUAUAGCCGCAGCAACAUGUAUCUGACAAACGGUUACAGUUCUCCGCUGGCAGCAGCUGUGGCCAGCAACAGUUCUUCAGUUGCCUCAACGCCGCAGCGCAUUAAAAUGUGUUGUCGAGAGUCGCCGUCGUAUCAACGCCAGCUACAACAACAGCAACAACAACAUCAGCAACAACAUCAGCAACAACAACAUCAGCAACAACAACAACAGCAACAACAACAACAGCAACAACAUCAGCAACAACAACAACAGCAGCAGCAGCAGCAGCAACAAGAGCAGGGAUCAAAUUCGCCUCCAAUUGCACAACAGCAGCAGCAACAACAACAGGCGCCUCCUCCUCGCCGUUCGCCAAACGAUUUCAUCUUUGGCCGUUACAUUGGCGAGGGUAGCUUCAGCAUGGUAUACCUUGCCGUGGACAUACACUCGCGUCGAGAGUAUGCAAUCAAAGUGUGUGAGAAACGUUUAAUACUGCGAGAGCACAAACAGGAUUACAUAAAAAGAGAGCGCGAAGUAAUGCAUAUGAUGACGAAUGUUCCAGGCUUCGUCAAUCUUUCGUGUACGUUCCAAGACCCGCGUUCCCUCUACUUUGUGAUGACAUACGCCCGCAAAGGCGAUCUCCUGCCCUACAUCAAUCGCGUCGGUAGCUUCGAUGCCGCCUGUACGCGCCAUUACGCAGCUGAGCUGUUGCUCGCCUGCGAACACAUGCAUCGCCGCAACGUGGUCCAUCGCGAUCUCAAGCCAGAGAAUAUACUCCUGGAUGAGGAUAUGCAUACACUGAUUGCCGACUUUGGUUCCGCCAAGGUCAUGACCCCGCGCGAACGGUUGCAGGCGUCCGAUUUGCUCGCCAGCAGCGGCACAUGCGAAGGGCAGCGACGUCGCCGCUCGGCACGUAGCUCCGAUGACGAUGAUGAGGACAGCGACGAUGAUUUGGAAGAGGAUGACCAGGACGAUAGACGUUUGUAUUACGACUACGAGGACGAUGACAAUGAGGACGAUGAGGCGACACCUGCCAAUGGCGAGGGAGUGCGCAACAAUCGUCGGCGCUACCCUGGAAUGCGAGCUCGCCGAGGUAGCUUCGUUGGAACCGCUCAGUAUGUCUCCCCGGAAGUAUUGCAAAAUGCGCCGAUUACGCCAGCCGCCGACCUGUGGGCACUCGGUUGUAUCAUCUAUCAGAUGAUAUCGGGUCUGCCGCCAUUUAGAGGCAGCAACGAUUACGUCAUCUUCAAGGAGAUCCUCGGCUGUGCUGUGGAUUUCCCGCAAGGAUUUGACAAAGAUGCCGAAGAUUUGGUUAGGCAGCUGCUGAAGAUUGAUCCACGCGAGCGUCUGGGCGCUCAGGAUGAGUUCGGCUACUAUGAAAGCAUCCGGGCGCAUCCCUUCUUCGCCGGCAUCGAUUGGCAAACGUUGCGACAACAAACACCACCUCCCAUAUACCCUUACCUGCCCGGUGUUAACCAGGACGACGCGAUAUGCACGGUCAACGGAGUCAGCUACAGUUUGCCCAUUAGUGGUGAUCUGGAACCAGGACUGGAUGAGCGACAGAUCACUCGACUGCUCAGCGCUGAAUUGGGUGUUGGCAGCAGCGCAGCAGCGCCUGCUCACAAGCCUUCUACGGCGAAAAAUUCCUUCGACUUGAGCGACGCUCAGAAGUUGCAACGGCUCGAGGCACAAAAGACUGAAAAAUGGCAUGUGUUUGCCGAGGGCGAGGUGAUCCUGAAGAGUGGCUUUGUGAAUAAGCGCAAGGGUCUGUUUGCCCGGAAGCGGAUGCUGUUAUUGACAACGGGGCCGCGGCUCAUCUAUAUUGAUCCCGUGCAGAUGAUCAAAAAAGGUGAAAUACCUUGGAGUGCGGAAUUGCGAGCAGAGAUUAAGAAUUUUAAAAUCUUCUUUGUGCAUACGCCCAAUCGCACAUACUAUCUGGACGAUCCCGAAGGCUAUGCCAUACAGUGGGUCGAGGCAAUUGAUAAUAUGUCAAAAUUAAGUUAUGGUGAUGCGACGGAUGUAACGUCUUCAACAACAGGUGGCGCUAGCGAUGCAGCUGCGGCGACAUCGACGACAGCGAGCAUCUCAUCGUUCGCCUGCUCAACGGGCGGCAGCAGCAAUAGCCUCGCCAUUGUUAAUACAAAUUCGCCUGCGUCCAAUAACAGUUCGCCGACAGCGCGGCGAAGUUCGCCAGCGCAGCGACAGCAAAUGGAAACAACAAUACCAGCAGCAGCACCAACAACAGUGAGGGGCAAAAAGACAGCGUCCAAUUGAACAGCUGAACACGUGUCGUGACUGUUGUCGUUAUUUAGAUUUAAAUGCAAAUUAAAUUCUAAUUUAGUUGAAAUUUAGUGCAAACAACAAACACCUAGAAGAAACCUAUACAUGGAAACACACAUAUAAACCCAUACACACAUACA